GUCACCUCGUAUCGUCCCCAAAUACCGUACCAAUCAUUUGGUUCGGUACAAUUUGAUUCCUUCUCGAUAUUUUUUUGAUUAAGUAUUCUUAAUUUUUUUAGGAAAUUUUGGGAUCAAUACUAAAUUGUACUCCGCACUGGCUAGUGAAAUCCAACUUAACCCAAAAGUCACCCGAACCUGAACCAGAACAGGAUGACCCAAGGUUUAGCCCAAAACCCACCUUUUUCCCAGUAGAACCCCAAAUCCUUCUCUCCCUCAACCAUGGCCGCUCUUCUUCGUGCUGCGCGCAGCAGCUCGCUCGCCGCUUGCCGCGCCACGAUUAACGCAUUAUUCUCUCAUCCUCAACGAUUUAUUCUCGCCGCCGGUGGGUUCUCCAAGGGUUUCGCCUCUCAAUCUCCGCCGCAGACCGCUCGCAAAUCUCCGUUCUGCUCAAACAUGCUCAGGAUCAUCCAUAACGAAAUCGAUUACCUCUCCACUUGCGCUCCUCCCCAACCGCAUGUUACAGUUUUCAAUGAAUUUACAGUUCAAGAUCACCCAGCUGAGCAGUGGAUUACCUUAAAGAGGAAGUUUCAGGAUGAUGAAGACAUCAAAAUUGAAGUAACAAUGUUCGAUUGUGCAGUUCCCAUCUCCAAAUCUGGAGAUGGAACUUCUGAAGAUGUGCAGCUUCAUAUUAGUUUUCUAGUAGACAUAUGGAAGAAGGAAGAAGGGCCUGACUCCUUGGAGUUUGUGUGCUCAGCUUGGCCAGAUCGUCUGGAAGUUCAAAAAGUCUAUAUUUUCAGGCGAGGAGGAUUGCAACCAUCGCCACUUCCAUAUAUGGGACCGAACAUCAAGUAUGUCGUUUCCUUUGCUCUAUAAAUUACCUCUUUGUCCUUUCAUGCGUAGGCACUAGGCCCCCUUUGGCCACACCUAUGUUGCUUUUGUCCAAAUUGACCCUGCUGAGCAAGCAUCCUUGGUCAAAUGGAUGAAGGACCAACCUGGGGAUUCUGGUGCUGCUCGGGUUCGAUCCCUCAAGGAAGCACGGGGAGGGGAUUUUUAAAGGAAGUAGUUUGGGCUAUAAAAAAUAAAAGGGUUUAAGUGGG